AUGUGGGAAAUCCCUCAACACAUCGUUUAUUUUUUUCACGUCGAUGUCGCCGUUUCGCCCAAGGUAACCGUCAACAAAUCGUGGGAUCUGGGAGCAGUGGCGACCGUGGCCGACCUGCGACGGGCGCUGAAGUUCGCCAAUGAACGCCGAAGCCAAGGCGAAGCUUCCGAACAUCUUUUGAGCUCCUCGAAGGAUGCGAAUGGAACACUUAGUCGUCCCCAAUGUGACACUGAGAAGGUCUUGACACAGGCGGUUGUGGUUCCAGUGAAGCUCCAUGUGGCGGUGCAGCGAAUUCGGAAGCGGAAGAAGCCCAAGAAGUUGGUGGCUCCCAACACCAGCCGCGUAGGGAGGUUGAUGCCGAGCAUCCAGGAAUGUUUGAACAAAUUUUGGAGUGACGAGGUGAAUUCGGAAGAUUUGCUACGCUUGCGAGUGGUAUUUCGAUCCAUGUCAGAGGAUGGACUGCAUGUGCUUUGCAACUGCUUGCCAGAACUGAUGAUGCGCUCGGGCUUUCAUACCUUGUCAGAAGAGAAGUGUAGAGAAGUGGUUCAACAAAUCACCACUUUCGACUACAUGGACUUCGAGGAUUUCUCAGACUUCAGCGAGCGCGCGAUUCUUGAAGAGAGGAAAGGCUACCAAGACUUGCUCAAGACGUGGGUUCCGAACCCAUUUGACAAAUUUGUUGAGCCCGCAGAGCAGGUUCGAGGCUUUUUGAAUAUGCUGAAUGUGAUUUGCACCCGGAAGAAUAUCCUCGAGAUUUUGGACUUUGCCGGCUUGAAGGAUGAGCUGUGCAACUCGCCACAAGAAAUGCUACGCUUCUUGGCCGCGUACCAAUCCUGCGAGGGCUUCACCAAGAAGGAAGUCUCGGUCUUGCGCAGUGCCUUCAAAAGUUGCGAGGAGCGGGCUCAUGUGGGCCCCGAGGGGCGCUUGAUCACACCCAAGAGCCUGAGUGGUGGCCUAUUGCGCUUUGGAGGCAUCUACUUCUUGGAAACUUGGCGCGAGAUGAAAUAUCGCCAGAAGAUCAACCAAACUGGCGUGAGCUUCUACGAGUUCUUGAUCCAUGCCCGGCGGGUACGUGAGACGCAGCUGCAGCUUGUGGCACAAGCAGUGGAGAAGAUCUGCUCGUCAGAUGUGCGGCAAGGGUUGAUUGAGGAGUUGAGGAUGUUGUGCCGUCCACUGGGUUUCACGCUGCAAGAAAUGGAAGUCACGGAAAUCCUACAGGAGCAAGGACUCAGUGAGCCUUUUUGCUUGGACCUUGCCUGGGAUUUCGUGUGCCACCUUCGAAGUCGACAUGGCUUUACCAAAGCUGAGAAGGCCGAAUUGCUCGAGAGCUUUCAUCGCUUCCAAAAAGGCGGUGAAGACGAACUCUCCACGGUGAAAAUUCUGGAACUCAUGGCUUGGUUGGGCCUUGGUGGUUGCAUUGAGAAAGCUCAUGAGAUGCUCAGACGUGUCGAUUUCGACAACAAUGGGGUCUUGGGCGAGAACGAAUUCCUUCGUCUCAUGCGAAUGCAGAAGGAGCAAAAUUUGGAAACCUAUACACUUGCCUACUGCAAACUUCAUCUGGGUGAUGCUGUCACCCGCAGUCGACUGGUCGCAGCAUUGGCGGAAUGUGACAUCUUCACCGAGAAUCAGCUGCUCGAGGUGAUCACGUUGCGGCACGGCAUCAAAACCGCGGCCGUGACCUUUGGAAGUUUCGCUGGGACUUCUCAAGGUCCCAGCGUCCGUGCGGCGCGCACCAAGCUCCCGGGCAUCUCUUGGGAUGCCUGGGUCGUUGUGGCGGAAGAGGCUCGGAAGAUGACGCCCAUAUGGAACAGAAAGCGGGCAUGUUUUAAGGAACCAGAAGUUCUGGAGCUGAAAAAGGCCUUUGGUGCAGAAGAAGUUCCUGUAAGUGACCUUCUUUGGAUGCUCCUUGAUUCAGGCCUCCCGCUGCAGCACGCCGAUGAGCGGCACCGCUUUCAGGAGGCCCUGGCCGAAGCGCAUCGCACGGCCCUGGACUGCUCCAUGGAGGACGAUGCCAACGCGACGACUGCUCCGACGAGUUGCGCCAGUCCGAGGAGCAGCGGUACUGUCCACUUCGCGACCUUUCUGCAUCUCAUUCGGAGCUACCUCGAAAGCAUCAAGCAGAAGCAGAUGCAACGAGAAGAAGCCGCACUGAGGAGUGUGAGCUUUUCAGCCACAGAGGUGGCGGACUUCCGGGCGAUCUUCACCAGCCAUGUUGUUUCAGCUCAUGUCCAAGCACGUCAGGAGCUUCAGAAGGAGCCCUGCCACCCCCUGAGUUUCGUGGUGCGCUGUUUGGCCACGCGGCCACGGGUCUCCUGCUCCGAGGUGAUCCGCAUGGCUGCCAGCAUUGGAGCUCGCAUCAAGAUGUCGCAUCGGAGUAUGCUUCGCAAAAAGAUCCGUGAAUUCUCCGAUGAAAAGACCCUGAUCGAUGUAGAGGAUGAAGAGCCUCCGGAUGAUGAGUUUGCGCUGGAGGAUGGUGUGGAUUUUGCAGGCUUCCUGCAGGUUAUGCAGUGGAUGUCAGAUUGCAAUUGGUGCAAUAUCAACACAGCAGCAGAGGAGCUCCUUCUGAACCCGAGAAGUGUUGCCACAGGAUUUUCGCGGUGUGUUUCGGCACCCUAG